AUGGCUCCCCGUGUCCCUGCUCCGCUCCUCUCAGUGAGUGAAAGUGGCCGCCGCCGCCGCCGGCCCAGCGCCCGCAGCCGCCUCAGCGCCGCCGCCAUCUUGGGGUCCCAGGAGCCGCCGAGGGAGCGGGCUAGGAGCGUCCACGCUCAACGCAGUCACCGUCCCACGGUCUCAGAGAGCGAACCGCGGCUCCACCGUCGGCGGGGCGACCCCCCCCUCCGGACCCCGCCCGCACCCCGCCCCCCCUCCGCCGCCGCCGCGGCGGCGGGGCCCGGCGGCCCGAGCCGUGUAGUCGGAAACCCUUGUGCAUGAAGACAGAUUUGUUCUAUGGCCUCAGAGUUGGGUGCCGGGGACGAUGGCGGCUGCACUGAGCUGGCAAAGCCCCUCUACCUUCAGUACCUGGAGAGGGCCCUCCGGUUGGACCAUUUCUUGCGACAAACAUCAGCCAUCUUCAACAGGAAUAUUUCUAGUGAUGAAAGUGAAGAUGGACUGGAUGACAGUAAUCCUUUAUUGCCCCAGUCUGGGGAUCCCUUAAUACAAGUUAAGGAAGAACCUCCAAAUUCUUUCCUUGGUGAAUCUUCUGGAGCAAGCAAUUCUGGAAUGUUAAACACAUACUCACUGAAUGGAGUUCUACAGUCAGAAUCCAAAUCUGACAAAGGAAAUUUAUAUAACUUCUCUAAAUUGAAGAAAAGCAGGAAGUGGCUAAAGAGCAUUCUGCUAAGUGAUGAGUCCAGUGAGGCAGAUUCUCAAAGUGAAGACAAUGAGGAAGAGGAGGAGGAAGAGGAGGAAGAAGAGGAAGAAGAACUCAAUCUCAGCAGAGAAGAACUUCAUAACAUGUUGCGGCUGCACAAAUAUAAGAAACUUCACCAGAAUAAAUACAGUAAAGACAAGGAGUUGCAGCAAUAUCAGUACUACAGUGCAGGCCUGCUCUCCACAUAUGACCCUUUUUAUGAGCAACAACGUCACCUGCUUGGACCCAAAAAAAAGAAAUUUAAGGAAGAAAAGAAACUUAAAGCCAAGUUGAAAAAAGUGAAGAAAAAAAGGCGAAGGGAUGAAGAACUUUCCUCUGAAGAAUCCCCUCGUCGCCACCACCAGACCAAAGUCUUUGCCAAGUUCUCUCAUGAUGCACCUCCUCCUGGCAUCAAGAAGAAGCACUUAUCCAUUGAGCAGCUUAAUGCUCGUCGCAGGAAAGUAUGGCUCAGCAUUGUGAAAAAGGAACUACCAAAGGCCAACAAGCAGAAAGCUUCAGCUCGUAACCUGUUUCUCACCAAUAGCCGAAAGCUCGCCCACCAGUGCAUGAAGGAGGUGCGUCGAGCUGCCUUGCAGGCCCAGAAGAACUGUAAGGAGACCUUGCCUCGUGCCCGCCGCCUUACCAAGGAGAUGCUUCUAUACUGGAAAAAGUAUGAGAAGGUAGAGAAGGAGCAUCGUAAGCGUGCUGAGAAGGAAGCCUUAGAGCAACGGAAGUUGGAUGAGGAAAUGCGGGAGGCCAAGAGGCAACAGCGAAAACUGAACUUCCUAAUUACCCAGACAGAGUUGUAUGCCCAUUUUAUGAGUCGCAAACGAGACAUGGGUCAUGAUGGGAUCCAGGAAGAAAUCCUAAGGAAACUAGAAGACAGUUCUACCCAGAGACAGAUUGACAUUGGUGGAGGGGUGGUAGUUAACAUCACACAGGAGGAUUACGAUAGUAACCAUUUCAAAGCCCAGGCCCUGAAGAAUGCUGAAAAUGCUUACCAUAUUCAUCAAGCUCGGACAAGAUCAUUUGAUGAAGAUGCAAAAGAAAGUCGGGCAGCUGCCCUGCGGGCAGCAAACAAAUCUGGCAGUGGGUUUGGGGAGAGUUACAGCCUGGCCAAUCCAUCUAUCCGGGCUGGUGAGGAUAUUCCACAGCCCACAAUUUUUAAUGGCAAAUUAAAAGGUUAUCAGCUGAAAGGCAUGAAUUGGUUGGCAAAUCUCUAUGAACAGGGUAUUAAUGGUAUUCUUGCAGAUGAAAUGGGCCUUGGUAAAACGGUACAGAGCAUUGCCCUUCUGGCCCAUCUGGCUGAGAGAGAGAACAUUUGGGGACCUUUCUUAAUAAUUUCACCUGCUUCCACACUUAAUAAUUGGCAUCAGGAGUUUACCAGAUUUGUUCCUAAAUUCAAGGUGCUACCAUAUUGGGGAAAUCCUCAUGAUAGAAAAGUCAUAAGGAGGUUCUGGAGUCAGAAGACACUUUACACUCAGGAUGCCCCCUUCCACGUGGUUAUCACCAGCUACCAGCUGGUGGUGCAGGAUGUAAAGUAUUUCCAGCGGGUCAAGUGGCAGUACAUGGUAUUGGACGAGGCUCAGGCGCUCAAGAGUAGUUCCAGUGUUCGUUGGAAGAUUCUCUUGCAGUUCCAGUGUCGGAAUCGGCUUUUGCUAACUGGGACCCCCAUUCAGAACACCAUGGCAGAGCUCUGGGCUCUGCUGCAUUUCAUUAUGCCAACAUUAUUUGAUUCACAUGAGGAAUUCAAUGAAUGGUUUUCCAAGGACAUUGAGAGCCAUGCCGAAAACAAAUCCGCCAUUGAUGAGAAUCAACUCUCUCGCUUACACAUGAUUUUGAAGCCAUUUAUGCUGAGGAGAAUCAAGAAAGAUGUAGAAAAUGAAUUAUCUGACAAGAUUGAGAUUCUAAUGUAUUGCCAACUUACCAGUCGACAAAAGCUGCUGUAUCAGGCACUAAAGAAUAAAAUUUCCAUUGAGGAUUUAUUACAGUCUUCUAUGGGCUCUACCCAGCAAGCACAGACCACCACCAGCAGCCUCAUGAAUCUGGUCAUGCAGUUUAGGAAGGUGUGUAAUCACCCAGAGUUAUUUGAACGACAAGAAACUUGGUCUCCAUUUCAUAUUUCCCUAAAGCCAUACCAGAUUUCAAAGUUUAUCUACCAUCAUGGACAGAUCAGGGUCUUCAACCAUUCACGAGACAGGUGGUUAAGGGUUCUUCUUUCUCCGUUUGCACCGGACUAUAUCCAACAGUCUCUCUUUCACAGAAAAGGUGUUAAUGAAGAAAGCUGUUUUUCUUUCCUUCGCUUUAUUGACAUAUCUCCAGCAGAAAUGGCAAACCUCAUGCUUCAGGGACUUCUGGCCAGAUGGUUAGCUCUUUUCCUGUCUCUGAAAGCCUCCUACAGGCUCCAUCAGCUGCGCUCCUGGGGAGAGCCAGAAGGAGAGAGGCAGCAGAGAUAUCUGAGAAACAAGGAUUUCCUUCUGGGGGUGAAUUUUCCACUCUCCUUUCCCAACCUUUGCAGCUGCCCUUUGUUAAAGUUUCUGGUUUUCAGCAGCCACUGUAAAGCAGUGAGUGGCUACUCAGACCAGGUCAUCCAUCAGCGGAGAUCAGCUACCUCCUCACUUCGCUGCUGCCUGCUCACUGAGCUGCCAUCUUUUUUAUGUGUGGCCAGUCCACGAGUCACCGCAGUGCCAUUGGAUUCCUACUGCAAUGACCGAAGUGCAGAGUAUGAGCGGCGAGUGCUUAAGGAAGGAGGGAGUCUGGCAGCCAAGCAGUGUUUGUUGAACGGGGCCCCUGAACUGGCAGCAGACUGGCUAAAUCGACAAUCCCAGUUCUUCCCGGAGCCAGCUGGAGGACUGUGGAGCAUUAUGCCUCAGAAUGGCUGGUCUUUCAUCAGGAUUCCAGGCAAGGAGAGCCUCAUCACUGACAGUGGAAAGCUGUAUGCCCUUGAUGUCCUGCUGACUCGUCUCAAGUCUCAAGGACAUAGGGUCCUUAUCUACUCCCAGAUGACCAGGAUGAUAGACCUACUGGAGGAAUAUAUGGUUUACAGAAAGCAUACCUAUAUGAGGCUUGAUGGCUCAUCCAAGAUCUCGGAGAGGCGGGACAUGGUUGCUGAUUUUCAGAACAGGAAUGACAUCUUUGUGUUCCUGCUGAGCACACGUGCUGGCGGACUGGGGAUCAAUCUCACUGCCGCAGAUACAGUGAUUUUUUAUGAUAGUGACUGGAACCCCACUGUGGACCAGCAGGCCAUGGACAGAGCCCACCGCCUGGGGCAGACAAAGCAGGUUACCGUGUACCGGCUCAUCUGUAAAGGCACCAUUGAAGAGCGCAUCCUACAGAGAGCCAAGGAGAAGAGUGAGAUUCAGCGGAUGGUGAUUUCUGGUGGGAACUUCAAACCAGAUACCUUGAAACCCAAAGAGGUGGUUAGUCUUCUUCUAGAUGAUGAAGAAUUGGAGAAGAAAUUAAGAUUGCGGCAAGAAGAGAAACGGCAGCAGGAAGAAACCAACCGAGUCAAAGAGCGCAAGCGCAAGCGGGAAAAAUAUGCAGAGAAGAAGAAAAAGGAAGAUGAAUUGGAUGGAAAGCGGAGAAAGGAGGGUGUGAACUUGGUGAUCCCAUUUGUUCCCUCAGCUGACAACUCCAACCUUUCAGCUGAUGGAGAUGACUCCUUCAUUAGCGUGGACUCGGCCAUGCCCAGCCCUUUCAGUGAGAUCUCCAUCAGCAGUGAGCUGCACACGGGCUCCAUUCCCCCUGACGAGAGCAGCAGUGACAUGCUGGUCAUCGUGGAUGACCCAGCCUCUUCAGCCCCUCAGUCUCGAGCUACCAACUCUCCUGCUUCCAUAACAGGCUCUGUCUCGGACACCGUGAACGGAAUUUCGAUUCAGGAAAUGCCAGCUGCAGGACGUGGUCACUCAGCCCGAAGCCGAGGCCGCCCUAAAGGUUCAGGAAGCACAACCAAAGGAACAGGGAAGGGCCGAAGCAGAAAGUCCACCGCGGGCAGUGCUGCUGCAAUGGCAGGAGCCAAAGCGGGGGCUGCGGCAGCCUCUGCGGCUGCCUAUGCAGCAUACGGGUACAACGUGUCUAAAGGAAUCUCUGCCAGCAGUCCUCUGCAGACAUCUAUGGUUCGGCCUGCUGGCCUUGCUGACUUUGGACCUUCAAGCGCCUCUUCUCCCUUGAGUUCCCCUUUGAGCAAAGGAAAUAAUGUUCCUGGGACUCCCAAGAGCCUCCACUUGACCAGCAGCCUCGCCCCAGACUCCCUGGUUCGGAAACAGGGCAAAGGCACCAACCCCUCUGGAGGACGGUAACCACCUGGGCCCUCCAGCUUCCUUCAGUCAAACCACGUGCUAGAGUUCUGGCCUGCAGAUGGUCUUUGGACGGCUUGCCCAGUGUGCAUCUCACAGGCCAGAGGGCAGAGAUGACCAGUUGCAGCAAAUGAAGGACAGGCAGGUGGUCAGUGUGAGCACUUUUAUCACCUGUGUCUUGAGGAGUGCUUGGAGGUUGCCUGUUGGAAGAAGGCCCAAGGACAGGGAUCAGCCCUGUAGCAUCUCAGAUGAACUUUAGAGCCACGUCUUAAACCUCAUACUGAGGAAGGACCAUCCACAGACUGCCCCUGUGGGUGCUCAGGCACGCUCUCUCCAUCCCCAUUCUGCUCUUCAGCUCUGGUCAUGCCCCUUGCAAAGGCUCCACAAGUGCUAUGAAGAGCCUUCCACAGUGGAAACUUCUUUCAGGGCUGGGAUUUCCUAUAGGGCUAGGAAGGAAGGAAAUCAUGUAUCUGGCAUCCCCAGUCUUUGGGCAGCUCCCCAGGUCUCCAAACCCCAUUCGUCAGAUGGUCACGGCUAAAAAGAGCAAUGAGUGCAAACAAAGGUAGUGGCUUGUGAAAGCGACUGACAGCUAGAGGAAGCAUGCCUGGAGGCAGUUGUUUUCCUUGCAUUUCCUUCCCUGCCCUGCAUGGUUCACACCAGAGAACCUCCAGGUUCCACCAGCAACAGUAGCAGCAGCUCCCACCUUGGGACUCCCAGAAGCCAGUAAAGAGACCAGGAGCCACCUCAAUCAGCAGGACAUCCUCACUGCCCCUCUUACGGACUCCCUUUCCCCUUCCUGAAUGCACAGUCUCCCCACCCUUGCCCUUCAGCCCCCUGCUUGGCUGUAUGCACUGUCUGUAUUGCACUGAGAAAGGAAGGGACAGCAGGAGUGAGGAUGGAGAGAGGGCAAGCUCAGCACCGACCCUCCCAGCCCGGCACCACCUGAGCCUGCUUCCCUCCGAGAAAGGCAAAGGGGUGGUGUGGCAUGGGAGGCGGUUCUGCCUGCCCCCCAGCCUGACCUUCCUGGUGGAGCAGGUGCUUCCGGGCGAGCCAGCCUCUAAUUUGCACACCUGAAAAUCGCGGAAUUGAGUUUAGAUAGAUUGAUUUUUAAAACUUUUUUUGGAGUAGGGGUGGUAGGGGAAUCAGUUUAAAUCAUUAAGAUUCCUCUGCCCGAACCCAGACUCCUGUGUACAGAAGCUAUUUAGAGGGAAUCAGAAAAAUGCCAAGCCUUUUUUCUCUUUGAAUGUGCUGUCUAUUUUUAUAACUGAACUUGUACAUAUGUAUAAAGAGAGACACAUCUUUCUUUUACUAACUGGAGAAAAAAUCUUAAAUAAAAUGGAGUGAGAUAAUUUUAUG